AUGUUUAAUUUCACAGGGGAGUCAAAGAGACGGAAUGUCAACUUGGGAGAUAAAAAACGAACCGGGUUUGGUGGAUUCGGCACCAAUGCGUUUUUGGAACAAUCACGUAAGGAACGAGAAGAACGGGAGCAACAACGACUUCGUGAGAAGUCGGCACUUACAUUACAACAGUCGAUCAAGCUAUAUUUAAAAUCAAAGGAUGAGAAUCGGGAACUACUUGAUGAUUGGCUCAUGACUGAUUUCAACGAGGUUGAAUUUUGGAAUUACAUAUAUCAAUUCACGGUGAUAGUACGAUGGUUUACACUGAAGGGUCAGAGUGAACAGGAGGAAUUAAUACAAGUGGUGGAGAAACUAUUGGGUGAGUUGAAAGGCGAAGAGUUGAAAUUAGAUAUACUGGGCGAGAGAGUGGCAACUUUGUUUUAUCUCGGCCAGUUUUUAUCGAGCCGGCUUUCGUCCAGGGAUGUAGACGAUUCACUAAAACGGCCCAUAUUUGAACUCAUCAAGGUGUUGCAUACAAAGUACCACUUUGCUUCUGGCUUUUUGCUAUCACAACUUGGCCAAUAUAUUCAAUUGCAACGGCAACAACUGCUGAACCAAGAGAAAUUACAUGAUAUUCUAGAUUUUACAUACAUGAUAGCUUGGCAUCUACUCAAUAGUCAAGCUUCAUCUUUUGAAUCUUCGAUUGUUCAAAUUCUUGCACUUGAUGUCUACACCGGACCCAAUGACUAUUACUUGCAAGUAUUGCGAGACUUCGCGAUAAAGAAACAAACUCAAAUCGAUGAAUAUUUAAAAGUAAACGAAUCUAUGAGGGAUAAAGUCUUGUACAUGGUGGUCAAUUUUUUGAUUGUCCACGGUGGUGGUGACUUUGCCAUUCAAGACUUGGAAUUGAUCCAUCUUCUAUUGAAAUAUAAUCAAGCCAUGGUGUUGGACAACUACCCCGAUGAUAGCGAAUCGCAACAAAUGAAGGAUAAAGGGUUGAGUGCAAUUGUUUUACCACCGGCGAAAAUAGAGGUAAUGAAAAGGAUGUAUACGGCUGGGUUUCUUCAAAAAGUGCUUAAAUUGGUGCAAGAAAAACAUACAGUAUCUUUCGAGAUACUUUCCAGACUCCUUGCGUUACAACCUUCAUGGAAGCAGCUGGUUCUCAAUCAAAUUUGUAUUGAGCCUAAAAAUAUAUUAACGAUUUGUGCCCAUUUUCUUAAACGUGCUCAACAACUUUCAGAACCGUCGUUUGAAUCGUUGGAGGAAGCAUUUCUUUCGCAUGACUUUUUUGAUAGCUUAUUGUUUUUUGAAGAAGUUUAUUCGUACUGGCUUAUAGUGUCCAACGAUACUGAAUCAUUUGAACAAACAGGGAUUAAUGAGGAAUUGGUGGUUGACUUUUGCAAAUUUCUAAAACCUUUGUGCACUUGUUUGGUUAUGAAGCCUGAUUUAGGCACUAAAUAUGUUCGCCAAAAGACAUUUACUUUAGUGGAUCAGUUGUAUUUGAAGAACUUGCGGUUGAAAUUUCUCCCCGCUAAUUUUUGGCUAACCGCGCAGCGAAACUAUAAUUUUGAUAGAUUACUUAGUUACGUCAUUCAGGAUUAUACGGCAGAUUUGGCUGGUGCUGAUGAUGAGGAUGAUGAUGAUAGAGAGAGGGAAGCGUUUUUACAAAAUAUGCCCAGUAUUUAUCGAGAAAUGCUUACAUUACUAAAACAUGUCCCCUAUUUUAUUCCCUUCAACGAUCGGGUUAAAAUUUUCCAGCAAUUGAUCGAAGUUGAUAGUCAGAAUAGCUCACCGUACUGGGGGUUUAUGGAACCACGGGUUAAAGCUGAAAUUAGACGACAGAAUUUACUACAAGAUGCAUUUGAAGCAUUUAGUAAAAUGGGCAACCUGUUCAAGAAUAGAAUUCAAGUGGAAUUUUUCAAUGAGUAUGGACCCGAGGUAGGAAUUGAUGGAGGUGGUAUUACCAAGGAGUUUUUAACCAGUGUAGUACAAGAAGGAUUUGAUCCAGCCCAGGGGCUUUUUAAAGAAACUUUAGAUAAUCAAAUAUAUCCCAAUGAGGAAGUAUGUCUCAAGAUGAAAUUGGGACAAGAUGUUUAUGAUGCAAGAGGCAAGUUGGAAUAUAUUCAGUUUAUGGGAAUGUGUGUUGGCAAAUGUUUGUAUGAGAGUGUCUUGAUUGAUGUAUCAUUUGCUCCCUUUUUUAUAAACAAAUGGUGUAUGGAUGGAUUUAAAAACACCAUUAAUGAUUUAAGCUAUCUUGAUGGACAAUUGUUUAAAAGCUUGAUUAAAUUGUCGCACAUGUCCAGCGAGGAGCUACAAGAGUUGGAUUUGGUGUUUGCCAUUGAUGAAAAAGUUGAUGGUCAAACAUACACUUUUGAAUUAAUACCCAAUGGUAAAUCGACCAAAGUCAACAAAUCAAAUGUUCAGUAUUAUCUUCAUAAAUUUGCCGACUUUAAAUUAAACCAAUUGUUAUUGCCACAAACUAAAGCAUUUCUUUCAGGACUAUUUUCAAUCAUUCCGCGUAAAUGGUUUAUAAUGUUUGAUUAUUAUGAAUUACAAAUGUUAAUCUCAGGAGGGAAAAAGGAUGUUGAUGUAAAUGAUUGGAAAUUGAAUGUGGAAUAUGGAGGAUAUUUAUCUAAUGAUGUCAGUAUUGGAUACUUUUGGGAAAUUGUUGAUGAAAUGACUCCACAAGAAAAGUCGAAAUUGAUUAAAUUUGUCACUUCGGUGAGUAGAGCUCCAUUGCUUGGGUUUUCGGCGUUGAAUCCUAAAUUUGGUAUACGAAAUUCAGGAAGAGAUGUAACUAGACUACCGACAGCUUCAACUUGUGUUAAUUUGUUGAAAUUACCUGAUUAUCAAGAUAAACAAAUCAUGAGGGAGAAAUUGCUUUACGCUAUAAAUACCGAAUCUGGAUUCGAUUUAUCUUAA